AUGGAAAAACAAGUUCAUAGAGUUUUAGAAACUCUACCUGCUGGAAAGGAUACCACUAAUGGAGGUAGAUUCGAUAUAAAUAAUGCAAAAAUUGUAAGUACCAAUAAUGAAGCAACUGAAGCAGUAACAAAACCCCAAGGUAAGAACCCUCCCCAUCCAUGUUGUUUGGUAGGAGCCAAAUAUAUACCAAGUUCAAUUGAGGGUUUAACCUAUAAUGGUGGUACAGUCAAUUUUAAAGCUGAUAUGAAACCAACUAUUAUAUAA